AUGGCACAGCCAGACGGCGCCCAGACAUUGCGCCGGUUUCUUGCCGGACUGCCACGGUCUAAUGACUACAAGUUCACCAACCAGGUCAGAUCGCUGAUUCGGUCGACAUUGAAUAAAAUGGCCGGGCUUGAUGAUUUCCAGCUGAAAGUCGAUCCUGACGUGCACAAUCACUUCAAUCGCCCCUGUGGACGCAAAUUCCAGCGUGGAGAAGCUUGCUAUAGAUGUCUUACCUGUGGCUUUGACGAAACGUGUGCCCUGUGUUCUUAUUGCUUCCAACCCCAGCAUCAUCAAAACCAUCAGGUUCAUAAGAGUAUCAUACAACGAGAGACAAAUGGCUGCUGCGACUGCGGAGACCCCGAGGCAUAUGGAUCGUUGAAAUGUGACUUGUCGAAGAACCAAAUAAUGGAGCAGACUCCUUGCACGCCUGAAUUUGAGGCCACCAUCAGCAUUGCUCUCGAUUAUAUUUUGGACGUCAUGAUGCACUCUUAUGCAUGCAUUUUGCCCCCUAAAACACGUCUGGACGUGUUGCACUGGUCAGAACUAUCCGAAUUGGACUACCAUCUUUAUGGAGUCAAGGACGAAAACUCGUACAAGUUUGCGUUGGUUCUCUACAAUGACCAAAUACAUCAGUAUAGGGACGCUGUGCAACGCGUGAGGUUCGCUACAGGGAAGGUGAUCGAGUUUGCAGAAAUGGUGGUGUCCAAGUGCAACUCUUUUGGUAAAGCAGUGGUGAUGAUCUCGACGGACAUUGAUUUCUUGCUGAAAAAACAAUCUAUCCUCACGUCUACUGGGCUGACCGCUUGUAUCCGCAGUUGUAGAGAUGUCUUCAAGGAGAACGUUUGCGACGAGCUGAUUAUGUGGAUAUCAGACCUCACCAACUCAAUGAUUGUGAAGAAUAACAUGAACUACCAAGACGUCAUUUGCAUAGCAUUUCUCAGCAGAUACAACCGUGGGUACAAAGAUUUGCCGGUGUCUGUCCAGGAAUUGAAGCUUCAGGAUUAUAACCUCAAUCGCGAAAACUAUGACGGUGCGUUACCAAAAGACACUUUGGUAUAUUACAAGUUCCAAACUCACUAUACGCCAUUGAAAUAUGAAUGGGAGAUCCCUUCGGAGAUAUUAAAACAAUGUCAAUAUUCCAAUCUUUCUCUUCUGGGAAGUGGCAAGAAUUAUGUUCACUUUGAGGGAUCUAGAUUUCAGUAUCUAGCAUAUUUUGACAUUAGAUUCUGCAAGACUAUCCGAACGAAACUGCACGACAUUUACGUUUCAGUCAUCAUUAAUGACCUGAAGUACAAGCUUCUGUUUACCGCACAAUAUGUUGACAUAUACGUGGACCUUACAACAAUGUUUCUGUCGCUCGAUCGGGAACCAGAGUAUUCAUUAUUGCCGAUGCUCUCGCCUCAACUUUUCACCUGUCCAUCAAAUUGUACCGCCAUUGUGAAACAUGGAGAUAUGUGCAAAAUGAUAGAAAUGGUUGAUUACUAUGUGCGAACAGGGUUCACCAAGGCAAAUCAUUCGCAAUACUCUUCCAAUAAGACUGGGCUACUGUACUUCUCAUUGAAGAAUCGCAAAUGGGGUCAUAUUUUUCUAGAUAUGACGUACAUCAUUAGCAGAAACCAGAUCAACGACAAUCUAUUCUCAUAUCUGCCAUACUUUAGCAAGUUGCUGGAGGUAUUGGCAGUGUUUCAAGGGAGGCCAGCGAUCAAGCGUGAGGCAACCACUCACGUUGAGUACGAACUCACAGAUUACGGACUGUAUUUUAAUGGGAUGUCAGUGAUAUCUCACUUUCUGGAACAUAUAUCCAAGGCACUUAACAAGACCUCAUCCGAAGAUUCCUCGCACUAUUUGUUGAAGCUAACUGUUUGCCAGAUCAUACGGACUCUAUUCAUCAAACAUGAAUCUCCGAAAGAGAGUGAGAUGGGAGUUAACAAGAUUGUUGAAAACCAAGAACCCGUGGUUGAGUUCCAUACUUUACAACUCAACAAUGUUUCGACUCGUAUCGUCAAUUUUGAUGUAUUGAGUGAGAAGGUGAGCUUCCUGCACCCAUUACACUCCUUUCUUUCUUGGUGUAUUGAGAUGAGUCCAUCGCUUUCGAAAGAGUCUAUAUUUGGGUUCUUCAUGGACUGUAUUGACCAGAUUCCGAGAGUGUUUGAUGUUGGCUCACCGGACGCCUUCCUCAAGGGCGACUAUACGAAAGCAGUGUUUGAUAUUCCCUUAAGGACAAUUGUAUUGUUAUCGCAAAUCAAGGUUGGAUUGUGGGUCAGGAACGGUCUGAGUAUAAGAAAUCAGAUGAACAUUUACAAAAAUUCAGGCAUACGCGAGUUUGGUUAUUUCAGAGACUUGUUUUUGGUUCAGGUGUUUUGCGCUUUCCAAAGCACUGAUGUAAGCCUACCCACACUGAUCGAUAGAUGGGGUCUUGUUGAUUGGUGUCAAGGACAUUAUGAAAAUUCUCCAUACACCACAGCACAUCUUCAUGAAAUGGCUGAAGAGUUUAUGUUGUUUCUGAUCAACUUGCUCACUGAGGACUUGCAUCUGCAUAAGAAAAGUGCAGCGGAAAUUCCAGAUUUGCGAAUUAAAAAGGAGAUCAUUCAAUCUCUAUGUUUCAAGCCUGUCAGCUAUAGCAAGAUCACUUCAGAAAUAUCAGAGCACAUAACCUCAGAAAAGAGGUUCUUUAUCGUGUUCAACCAGUGCGUUGACGAGAUUCCACGGAAAACUGCUUCCCAGGCGCUCAGGGAGGCGAAAACAUACAAAUUGAAAGACGAGCUUUAUGACAAAGUGGAUCCGUACUAUAUCCACUACAGUUCAAAUAAAAGGGAGGAUUGUAUGAGGAUACUCAAAGAGCGUAUUCAUCAUAUCACUAAGGUACCAAUGACUGAGGUUUAUGUUUCCCCCAAGGAAAUCAACUGGGAUGAUGGUCCAUUCAAAGGCCUGACUAAAAUUACCUGCUCUGUCCAUUUCACGUCUAUUUUGGAAAGCACCCUCAAAUACUGUCUGGGCCAUGUCAGACCCGAGUCUUCCAUUGAUACAUUGCUUGAUUUCACAUUGCAUUUGACACACAUCGCUCUCUGUUUGCCCAAUGCGUCCGAGUUUAUCUCGCUUUAUAUCCGGAACUCCAAGGUUCCUUCAUUGAUUUAUUCCUUGCUUCUAAAAGAGAAAUUCAGAGCUUACUUUCCCAAAUGCAGGGCCAUUUUGAAAAUUGUGUGCGACCAUUUUGGAAAUGACGAUGACGUGCUGACAGAAAUGAUGCCAGAAUAUAACUCAUCUAACAUCAAACCAUCGAGCACAUCUGAAGAAUCCGUCUCAGAUAAGAAAAAACGGCUUGCAAAGAAAAAACGCUGUCAAAUUCUGGCCAAAUUCAAGAAGCAGCAACAAAAGUUCGCUGAAAACUUCAGCGUCGAUGGUACAGAUCUGAUGGAUGUUGAUGACUAUGACUCUAAUGAGGAGGAUAAUAGCUGGACUUUUCCUCAUGAAAGAUGCAUUCUUUGUCAAAUGCCUGCAAAUUACGAGAACGAACCGUUUGGGAUCAUCAGUUACAUUUUGCAAAGCAACGAAUUCAGAACUAUUCCGUUUGAUGAUAAAUACUGGUUUUACAAGAACUUCACCGGAAAUGCAAAUUUGGAUGAGGCAGAAAUUCCCAGAGAUACAAAAGUACAGGCUUUUUUAAAAAAGGUGGAAGAAGAUGCCGUUAUUGGACCUGGAUUCCCAAGUAACGAGCAUGCGUGUAACGAAAAUCACGCGGUCUUCAAUAGCUGUUGCCAUGGUAUGCACUUCUCCUGUUACUCGAGCUUUCUCAAAUCCAUCAAAGCAAGACAAAUUUCACAGAUCACAAGGACAAUACCGGAAGACGUGUCGCGCCAGGAGUUUCUCUGUCCAUUGUGCAAAGCCGUUAACAAUAUCUUUGUUCCAAUAUACUAUACAUCAAACAGUAUCAGUUUCCUCAACAAACUCAGAAACAAGUCUGCAUCAAUCCUUGACCCUGGGCUAGAAAAUGUUUUACAGAAAAGCUCUUCGCAGCUCGAAGUCAUCAAGAACGAUCUAAUUGGAUAUGUGAAGUCUAAUGUCAAACCUCAAUACUGGUUUAUUAAGGAUGAUAAUCUGACAGUGGACACAGCUUCAAAAUCUUUUUUGGCAUUGAAUCAUUCGCUGAGCGCACUUGCUGUUCUUUCUUUACCGUUUGAUGGUAUAAGCUCGCUGAUAACAAAGACAAUCGAAUCAGUGGAGAUCUCUCUGAGAGGGCUCUACUAUGACCCAGGGGCUUUACAGCUUUUGAUAUACGAGAUUCCCAACCAGUCCCUGACUUCAUUGCGUGUUUGGAGCCAAUUCCGUGAGCUGAUUAGAAAUGCAGAGACUGCUACGUCCACAACCAAUCAAUAUAGUCGCAGCUUUUUGACGUAUCCCGAACGACUUUUGGGAUUAUGGAACAACAUAUACAAAGAUGAGGAUCUUCUUCAUGAGGGCGAAGACUACUUCAAGCUUCUAGUGGGGGCCGAAGAGGUUCCUAGUUUGGGUCUUGAUUACAGCAGGCUUCUUCAUUUGUGCUAUCUGAAGCAUGUGAGGCAGUCAUUGUUGAGUCUGAUGAGCAAAUUGGAGACUAUGCAAUUUGAUUCUGACGAUUUGAUCAAUGAUCUUGCCGACAUACCGUACAAUUCGCCUAAGCUCGACUGGAUUUGGCAAACAUUUUGUGGAAACGAAUACUCGCAGGCUAGUGGUAUUUUGUACUCGAUGCUUGUGAGGCUGGUGACGCCAUUUCUUAGAAGAUGUCUGAUCUAUUCCUUUGUGCGCUUCUCCGUACUGCUUCCUGGGGAUCUUCCGGACUUGACGCAAUUCUCUCUUGAAUGUGACAAGUUGUGUGCAGUUAUGGAUCUUCCGAAUCUUCAUGACGUCCUGGAAGCUUUUCCGCUGGAACAAUUUAGAACCUCCAUGGAUAGGAAAUUGCAGUUGCGCGAUGCUAAAAUCCAAUUUUCUGCUCAAAUGAGGCUAAUCUCUCUGCCUCACCGCCUGAACAAGUUCUUCAGUCUUUACUAUAACAAGCUUACAGAUAAGCCUUCUGACCCCGCCAUAUGUCUCUUCUGUGCCAAGUUGGUCCAUCUCCAGGUUCAAAAUUAUGGUGACCGUCUUGGAGCUUGCAAUAUCCACCUGAAGUGGGAAUGCAUAAAUGGCGAGUUUGGCAUUUUCUUCAUUCCAAAAAGCAACUCUAUUCUUCUACUGAACAAAGGUAAAGGAUCAUUUUUUGAAAGUCCAUAUCUGGAUGACUAUGGUGAAAUAGAUCAAGAUUCCAAGAAGGGACACGACCUUUCGCUUUCGCAGCCCAAAUAUGACGAAUUCAUCCGAACUGUCUGGCUACAGCAUAACAUUCCAAAUCAGAUUGCGCGCAAACUGGAGAGUCAGAUCGACAUUGGAGGUUGGGAGACGUUAUGA